GUGUUCUAGCAUUCUAGUGAUCAUCUGAUUUAUUUCAAAGUAGAAUUGAGAAUACAUCCACAAAGAACUCCCUUUUCCACUAUCACAUAUCACUUAAUGUGAAUAAUACACAACAAGCUCUGUUUACAGUAUCCACACACACGCCAACACCAUGAAAGUUUUAUGGCACACCUCAGUCCGCAGCGUCAGAGUUUGUCACAUGAUGUUGUCUGGCCACAUGAUCUCAUCGGAAGUUGCCUGUGCUGCUCGCGAGUGGACGCUUGUAAACAUGCGGUAACCGGAGAGGAACCCUUCAAUCAACCACUGAGGGGCAAAACAAGCCUGUUGAACAGAUUCGGGUCCUGUUGUACUGUGAAUUAAACUGGGAUUUUAAUGCCGACGGCCUCUACGCGGGAUUUUAAAUCGCUGACAUGGCCGAGGUGGACGCGAAUAAAGUCAAUCAUGUUUCCUCCGAAGAGGAUAGGCUACUGUUUCCGGUGACAGGCUAUGGUUUGAAUGACUGCAGGGAUGAGUAUAGCAGCCCAAGGCCGUUCCCAGUUGCAGGUGGCUGGAUAGGUGCUGACCAAGAAGAGGAAGCAUUGCGCAGGAAGUUAAAAUAUUUCUUCAUGAGUCCCUGUGAAAAGUACCAAGCCAAAGGCCGAAAACCUUUUAAACUGGUUUUGCAAAUACUGAAGAUUCUUAUAGUAACUAUACAGUACCUGGCUUUGCCGGAGACGACAGUGGGCCGUUAUGCGUAUGUGUACAAUGUCGGUGUGAACGGAAGUGCGCUGUCUCUGUGUCAGCAGUAUUAUAAAAAAGGCAGGAUCGACCCAGCUAACGACACCUUCAACAUCGAUCCGCAUGUGGUCACAGACUGUAUCGGAGUGAACCCAUUGUCCGCUCCCACACCAGGUCUGGGCCUUGAUUACAGGAACUUCACCCUCAAGUUUCACAAGCUCAUUAAUGUCACCAUACAGUUCCAGUUGAAGGCUAUAAAUCUUCAGACCAUCAUCCACAAUGAAAUUCCUGACUGUUACACUUUCUUCAUUACGAUUCUGCUGGAUAACAAGGCCCACAGUGGUAAAGUUAAGAUCAAUCUUGAUAAUCAGGCCUCCAUUAAGGAGUGUAAAGACCCAAGUGUGUCUGGACACGCUGAUAGUUAUGCUCGUGUGUGGUUUGACGGGGCCGUUUUAUUGGUGUGUGCUUUCUCUCUGCUCCUCUGUGGUCGCUCUAUAAUCAAAGGAAUAAUUCUUCAAAAUGAGUUUGUGAAGUACUUUAAGACCUCUCUGAAGCGUGAUGUUUGUUGGGGAGACAGAAUGGAGUUUAUUAACGGAUGGUAUAUUCUGCUCAUCAUUAGCGAUGUGCUAACUAUCACAGGCUCCUUCAUCAAGAUCGGCAUUGAGCUAAAGAACCUCUCAUCCUACGAUGAGUGUGGGAUCCUCUUGGGCACCUCAACAUUAUUGGUUUGGGUUGGAGUUAUUCGCUACCUCACCUUUUUUCAGAAGUACAAUAUUCUCAUUGUCACUUUACGAGCUGCAUUCCCUAAUGUGAUCCGUUUCUGUUGCUGUGUGGCAGUGAUCUAUCUCGGUUAUUGCUUCUGUGGGUGGAUUGUGCUGGGACCCUACCAUGUUAAGUUCCGCUCUCUCUCACUGGUGUCUGAGUGUCUUUUCUCUCUGAUCAAUGGAGAUGACAUGUUUGUGACCUUCAGCGGCAUGCAAGAGAGCAGCAUGCUUGUCUGGGUCUUCAGUCAGGUUUACCUUUACACGUUCAUCUCUCUGUUCAUUUACAUGGUGCUCUCUCUCUUUAUCGCUCUUAUCACUGGAGCUUAUGAGACCAUCAAGCAUCAAACUCAGGAGCCUGUCCAUAUCACUGACCUGCACGCGUUCAUCGCUGAGUGCACUGACACGGCCAGCUCUGGAAAGUUCCGCGGGAUCGAGACCUCGCCGUGCUCUGUCUUCUGCUGCUGUGACAGAACCACCACAUAUGAGGAUGUGCACCUCGUCAACUAGUACAAUCAUGGGACUUGAUGCCUGAAGAUCCCUCUGCUGGUCACCUUGCAGUACUGCAGCCGGAAGGAAGCCAGUGGCAAUGUGAGGAAAACUCCAGACAAAAUACCCAAGAAGUCACAGUCGCUUCACUUUGGACCUUAAAUGGAGAAGAGCGUAUAUGAUGUUUAAAGAAGAAUUGCUCCAGUCUGUGAAAAUUUAAGUUUUACCUCAAAUUGAUUUUAGUUUUAACUUUUAUCUGGAGGUUGCUAAAGGCAGCUCAGUACUGUCUCUGUGUCUGUACUGAUAAAAACACUAAGAAGGUUUGAAUCGAGACCCUAUUAGACGGAUUACAAACUGCACACGUGCAGGCGAUAUGUACAAUAAUCAUUCCCUGAAUGUUGAUCCCACAUGUUCGUUCAGUGCACGUGCUGUGGUGUGCAAGUGGGUCAUCUGUGGCCAAUACUGGGAGACAUAGUGGUCAGUGAUUCUAUUGCUGUUCGUUCUGUUGGAUAGUUUUUUAUGUCUUUGAGUAACUUCUAGUCAUGUGUAACGUCUGCACCAGAAGAAGACUGAACUGGCAGGCCUAAGCGUUUAGCAGAUGUAGACUUCUGCUGCAAAAAAAGAUGAGGAGACCAUGUGAUUAAACAUUAAAUAUAAGUUGUCUGUUAUUCAGCACUUAGAGCAGAAACAGCAAUCCCCGGUGUCUUAAUAUCAUCUCCACUUAUCCAUAACAAAAAUACAUGCUCUGCUAGUAUGAAUUCACACCCAGAAUGCCUCAGAAACUUAGCCUUAACACUUCCUGAUGUGUAGAGCUGGCUGUAAUUUUGGAAUGUAAUACCUCAUUGUUGAAGAGGAUGACUUUCAGUUGCUUUUUGUAUUUUUCUGAACUUUUGGAACACAAGUUCACCGGUAAUCAUACCUCCAUAAUUUGAUUCCAUACUGAUUUAUUGUUUAAUCUGUAUCAAAUGACUCGCUUUGCAUACCAUAAGUGAAAUCUUAUUUUAUAAAUUAUAUUGGACGGCCUUAACCUUGAUGAUCUAGUGUUUUAUAGAAAAUACAGCCAGCCUUCAUCAGCUUUGUUUUAAAACUGAGGCCUUCAAGAACACUAUUGUAAGAUUACUGGUGAGGGCACAGUGUUCUGUUACCAUGGGGACAUAUUAGAACAAUAGAACUCAUCAAAAAUGCUUGACCCAUGCAUGAAUCUCACUCUCACAGAGGACUAACAAGCCUAAUUAGAUCUUCUCCAUUAUACUUGACUGAUAAGAGAAGGAUGUAUAAAUAUUUAAAUUCUGGGGCCUGUGCAAGCCAUUAAUUCAAAUACACAAUAAGUGGGACCAAUCAUAUUAUUUUGAUGUCAGUGAACUGCUUUUUGGUCAUAUUACAUGAUUAGAUUUUCCUUUUAAUACUUCUGUAUUAUUUUAAUGUGUAAUUCAAUCGUGUUGUAGUGUAAUGUUUUAUUUAUGUUGUGUUGCCUUUCUGCUUCAAAUGAAUUUAAAGCGCACAAUCUGCAAACACACCACACUUUCUGUUACUAUCAUGUGAAGCUACACGGGGAUGUUGUUCAGAAAUCACAUCAUAUGUUGUCAGAUGUGUACCUGGAAUAUUUCAUAUUUCAUUUUAGCCUGAUAAUUGUGUCUUUUUAAAUGUUUUGUGAUGGACAACUUGUGCAAAUACUUUGCUGACCAAGGCAACACAAACAGCAUGUAGAUAAAGUGAUGUAGAAUAAUCUACUGACUUUAAAAAUGGAGGAUUUUUCAUUUCUUGAUUUUUCUUUUAUUUGUUUUAAACACUUGUAUAAGUGGCAUUGCACUUUUUUUUCCCCAAGCUUUGAUCUUGACAGGGUCAUUUUUUUUUUAAUGUUCACAUGUAUUGUUCAAUACAGAGAUUUUCUAAAGA